CUCCUCCUCCUGUCGUUGCAGGUGUUAUUCCUGGGACUCAGAUGGACCACACAUCCCCGACCUACAUGCUUGCUAACUUAACCCACUUACAUUCAGAGCAACUUCUGCAGGGCUUGAAUCUCCUUCGUCAGCAUCACGAACUCUGUGACAUCGUUCUUCGAGUAGGCGAUGUUAAAAUUCAUGCUCAUAAAGUGGUACUUGCCAGCAUCAGCCCAUACUUCAAGGCUAUGUUCACUGGGAACCUCGCUGAGAAGGGGAACACUGAGGUUGAGUUUCAGAGCAUUGACGAAGCCGCACUGCAGGCCAUUGUGGAGUAUGCCUACACUGGGACCGUCUUCAUCUCUCAGGAUACGGUGGAGUCCCUCCUGCCAGCAGCAAACCUGCUGCAGAUAAAACUUGUCCUGAAAGAAUGUUGUGCUUUCCUUGAGAGCCAGCUUGACCCUGGGAACUGUAUUGGAAUUUCCCGUUUUGCAGAGACAUAUGGCUGUCAUGACCUCUAUUUGGCGGCUACUAAGUACGUAUGCCAGAAUUUUGAAUCUGUUUGCCAGACAGAAGAGUUUUUUGAGCUCACACAUGCCGAUUUGGAUGAAAUUGUCUCCAAUGACUGCCUGAACGUCGCUACUGAAGAGGCAGUUUUUCAUGCGUUGGAGUCUUGGAUCAAGUAUGACGCGCAAGAACGCCAGAAGUACUUAGCGCAGCUGCUGAGCAGUGUGCGCUUGCCAUUGCUGAGUGUUAAGUUCCUCACUCGGCUCUAUGAAGCAAAUCACCUUAUCCGUGAUGAUCGUGCCUGUAAACAUCUCCUGAAUGAAGCCCUGAAGUACCACUUCAUGCCUGAACAUAGACUCUCUCAUCAGACAGUCUUGAUGACGCGACCUCGCUGUGCUCCCAAAGUGUUGUGUGCGGUAGGAGGAAAAUCUGGACUCUUUGCCUGUUUGGAUAGUGUGGAGAUGUACUUUCCCCAGAAUGACUCUUGGAUUGGUCUGGCGCCCCUAAAUAUUCCUCGCUAUGAAUUUGGAAUAUGUGUUUUAGACCAAAAGGUCUAUGUUAUAGGUGGUAUUGAAACUAGCGUGCGUCCUGGUGUCACCAUGAGAAAACACGAAAACUCAGUGGAGUGUUGGGACCCUGAUACAAAUACCUGGACUUCUCUGGAGAGAAUGAAUGAGAGCAGAAGUACCCUUGGAGUAGUAGUCCUUGCUGGAGAACUUUAUGCUUUAGGUGGAUAUGAUGGGCAGUCUUACUUGCAAUCUGUAGAGAAGUAUAUCCCCAAAAUAAGACAAUGGCGACCUGUGGCCCCAAUGACAACCACAAGAAGUUGUUUUGCUGCAGCUGUUCUGGAUGGAAUGAUUUAUGCCAUUGGAGGGUAUGGCCCCGCUCACAUGAACAGUGUGGAGCGUUAUGACCCAAGUAAGGAUUCCUGGGAGAUGGUUGCAUCCAUGGCUGAUAAAAGGAUUCACUUUGGCGUUGGAGUUAUGCUAGGUUUUAUUUUUGUGGUAGGUGGGCAUAAUGGUGUCUCACAUUUGUCAAGCAUUGAAAGAUAUGACCCUCAUCAAAAUCAGUGGACAGUGUGUAGACCAAUGAAAGAGCCCAGGACAGGAGUUGGUGCUGCAGUAAUUGAUAACUACCUUUAUGUAGUUGGUGGUCACUCAGGGUCUUCCUAUUUGAACACAGUACAGAAAUAUGACCCUAUCUCAGAUACAUGGCUGGACUCAGCUGGCAUGAUAUACUGUCGCUGUAAUUUUGGAUUAACAGCACUUUGAGAAGUGUGAACUUGUGGGAAUCGCACAUGGUGGUGCCACAGAAAGGAGACCCAGUGUCCUGCAAACUGCCCUGCUUUCUCUGCAGCGUGAAGUGGCCUGGAGACUCGGAGCUUCAUUGGGUACUUUGAAUGGACAAAUAGUUUGAAUUGCUCUUGAAUAUAUAGUGAAUCAAUAAUUAAGAAAAAAAAGAAAGGAAGGAAAAAAAAGGAAUGACCUAACCAAUUAAAUUGUGCACUUUUCUCCACUAAGACUGGGAUAGACUAGUUUUUAUAUUCCUAAAUGUAGAGAGAACCUUGCUGCUUUUUAAUUUGUUUUCAAUAAUUUAAGCUCAUUUUUUAAAAUUUGUAUUUUGAUUUAAUAGGAUGAGAGAAGCUUCAGACCCUGGAGUAUAUCGAAUGACUGGACAGAAUGUGGAUAGUGAUUGUUGGAUGUAAAUUCAUUCGCUUUACAUUGGUUUCUUUAAAAAGGGCUGCUUUUCCUUUGGACACUUUUAAGGAUUGUAAAUACCAUGUUAGUCAUCUGAGGGCUCUUUCUGCUAAAUGAUUUUAGGGCUAGUAGUGUGAUAAAGUUGCAAAACAAUGGCUUUUGUUAUCAUAUGUGGGCCCUGUUUUAAGACAGGACAUAUUUGUUGUCUGUGCUCUUUCCGUAUGGGCUGAUGCCCUCCUCUCUGCUUGGAUGAGCAUGGGCAGAGGACAAAUUGUGUCAGUUUCAGCUGUUCGCUACACAGCAGGCUUCUGACAGUCGAUGGAAAUACAUUUGGAAGCUGUCUAGUACCACCCUUGAUGCAUACUGUUUUCAUAUAUUUUUAAUUUUAGUUUUUUAAGGUCCUAAUUUUGUUUUCAGUGUUCAAAUAUAAAAAUGGUGCUAACUGUAGGAUGUAUAACAAAGCUGUAACCAAUGUAAUUUGGGUGUUCAGUGUGAGAUGCAUGAUGUACUAUGAUAAUCUGUUUCAUUUUUAUUGGCUUGACUUAUUUGUACUUAUGGGAAAUAAUAGUGAUUACAUUAAUGUUAACAUCCAAAGUCAUCUGAAUGGCUUGAGUUAUACUUCCCAUGGUUUUUGAAUGGUGACUUAAAGAAUGAUGCUUUUUUUUUUUUUUAAUUUUCUUUCUUGUUCUAGAAAUUACAUGUCCUUCAAUACAGAAAUACAUGCACCAAAUACAACAUGCUAGGCAGGUGUGCAUUACUUUUUUCAUUUCUUAGGUAACUGAGUAUUUUUAACUUAUUGAGGAAAACUGGAACUCGAUGUUUACUUGAAUAAAUGGUUCUAAAUUUGGUUCUGCUUUGAUUAAAGAAACAAUCUUUCACAACAAAACUGUUACAGCCACUGACAGCUUAUUUAAAAAAAUAGUUAACUUAUUCUAGCAUGGUUUAGUAAAUAUCUGUUAGUCUUAAACACAUUAAUUUGCAUUUUAUUACUAUGUUGGUACUUGCAUUUUCGUAUUUAGUAAUUUUGUUUUCGUUUCCU